UUAUUUUUCGUCCAGAAUCCGCCUUUAGGGGGACAUGCCCGACCUAAGGGUAGGGGGAGGGGGCAAGGCUUCUCAGGAGCACGCCUGCUUCUUAGAAGACGCGGGCCUUGUCCGAAGAUGUGAGGCCGGCGCCUUCUGAGAACCAGCCUCCCUCCAAGAAGCCUUCCCCCUUCCCCCCAUCCCCCUGCACGCGCCGCCCAGUUGGGGCCCCCAGAUGGGCCCGGCCCGCGGAGGCAGGGCACGAUCUGGAGCCGAUGCCGUGGCGGGGCUGCGCUGCUCACGGGGCGGGCCGCCGUCGUCCCGGCUGGUCCUCCUCCGGCCCUCGCGAUCGCGGAUGAGGACGCCGAGGGGGGCGCCGAGGCUGCCGACGGGGGCGCGGGCCGCCCCGCGGCCGAGGAGGGAGCGGCUCCGCGGGCGGGGGCGGGGGAGGCCGCGGCAGCAGCCUGCGGGGGCCCAACAGGGGCCCUGGAGCAGGUGGCUGCAGUGGCGCAGGCCAUGACCUGCGCAGACCACUACAUCGAUGGGCCGAUUUGUCCGCAGCCACGGCCAUGGGAGCAGCUCGUCGCGCUCAGCGACGAGGCCUGCCCCCACAGGGGUGGCGACCUCCACCUGGACGUGCUCCUGAAGUACGGCAAGGUGCUUUCGUGGGACGGAGAUGCCGAGGGCGCCGUCGAUGCCUUCACCGCCGCGGACGAGGUCCUCGCGGAGAGGCCCGCCGAGGAGCCUGGCGUUCAGCGCCGGCGUGCGGAGGUGUGGAUGGAGCUGGCCCAGGCCCUGCGCGCCGGGGGCGACCUGGACGGGGCCGAGCGGCAGCUCUCCGGGGCCGUGGAGACAGCCUGGAGGGGCUCGUGGCCGGCCUGCAGAUCCCCGCGGAGCCCGCGUCGGGGCUCCUGGACGCCAAGGCGCGCGCGGACGUAUUGGACGCGGCGAGCCUGGUGGGCACGCUUCGGGAAGCCCAGGCGGCGCUUGCCCAGGUGUGCGUGCAGACGCGCGAUUUCGCGCGGGCCGAGCAGUUGUACGUGAUGGCCUUCGCCGAGGAGGAGGACCCAGACAUGACUGGGAGCAGCCGGAGCCGCAGCGGGUGGGAGGCCCGCCCCGCCCCGCCGGCGCGGCCUGCCAGCACUGACGCGCCCUCUGCCCGGCCUAGGAGGACCCACGGCCUGGCCAGGACUGUUCCCCUCUCCUUCGGACCGCACCUCCUUCUGCUCGCCGAAGCGCUGGCGGCAGCAAAAGGCGGCCCACCUUCUCGUCGCGGGAGGCGAGGACCCUCGGUCGGCGUUGACGCCGCCCUUCGCGCCGGGAAACAUCGAGGAAGACAAAAC